AUGAUUUCGAUUGGAUUCUUCAUUCAAAAUUUUUGGAUUGGUUGUGCGAUGCUGCUAUUGCUGAUUGACAAGGAGAAUUUCGAGGAAAACCAGGAUGUUGUGAAGGAAAGAUUGAUAAGUUUCGAUGAGAAAAUCAAGAUGGACGGUGAGGAAAUGAGAAAGAAAGAGUUUCAAUUUGAAGAAAUGGAGAACAAGCUGAUUUGGCAUUAUACAGAUACAUCAGACAUCGUAUUUAGGCAUUUCAAGCUUGAUUUGAUGGAAAAGGUGAGAAAAAAUGAGUUGGAAAUUGUAAAUCAAUAAUUUUUUGAUAUUUAGGACCACAACAACUACCAGUUUUUGAUCAAUUAUCUACCACAAUUGAUGCACGCAGUUGAAAACCAAUGCUAUCAACAAACUGACAAAACAAGAACAUCGGAAUAUUCCUCGAUUUUGAAAAGAGCCAGCGAGUUGACCCUAAUCUUUAUCAAGGAAUUUCCGCAGUUUCUUGAUUCAAAAUUUGAUGAAAAAAUCAGACCAACUUGGAAGGGAAUUCUCAAACAAGAUCGAUUGAAGCUUGGCCGAAUCACGAAUCAUAAUGUUGGAAGACAUUUCAAAUCAAGUGCAUUUGUCAUGGAGAAAAUGAGCGGAUUUUUGAGGAAAUCGGAUGAAAAGAUCAUGGAGUUGAAUCGAUUGAAGGUGAGUUUUUUUGAAAAAAUGAUGAAAAAUGAAUAAAAAUCGUCAAUUUUUCAGAUCAAAGAAGCAAUUGAAUAUCGCCGUGAAACCCAAACUCUUCUUGCAACAGUUUAUAUAAUUGUUUUCAUUAUGACAAUGGGUCAUUCACUAACAUCAGAUAUCCCAAGAUUGCAUCGUUUCUUCUCAUUGAUCAGACUUCUCUCCUAUUAUUCGGCUUUGGCACUUUAUAUUCUCGUUUGUCUUGGAAUCCUCGAUUAUUAUCCAAAACCAUUCGAUUGCAAAUUGGAUUUCGAAAUUCCACAACAAAAUUAUUCGAAUUUUAAUGGCGAUUUGAUGGAAUUGAGAACCAAUAUGUUGAAAUGCGAUAAUUAUAGAAAAUCAAUUUUCGGCGAAUUGGAAAUCGAUUUGGAUUGGUAUCGAGUGAUUGGAAUGGCUGAUGAAUAUCGUGCAACAAUCCGUCCACACAUUCGAAAAAUAUUCGACCAAGAUGACAAAUUUCCAACUGAUCGAAACGAAUAUAUCAAAAUGGCUGAUCUCUUGAAAGAAAUUCGAAAUUAUUUGGAAUGCGGAUAUAAUUAUCAUCCAGAACUCAAAAGGAUCGAUAAAAUGUUGAGUGCGAAAAUCAACCAAAUGGAACAUAUCGCAUAUAAUAUUCAUGAUAUUAUAAAUCUGAAUGAACACGUUUACAUCGCGAUCACCAAUGAGUUCAAUUAUUUCGAAGAAUACAUCAGAACUAAUUUCUCGAGUGUUAAUGUAAGUUUUUUUUGAUUUUUUGGCAAUAAAAUAUGGUCAUUUUCUCAAUUUUCAGGCCUUCCUCGGAAAUUUCUCCAAAUCUUGCGGAGAAUUCGAAGAUAUAACCACGAAAAGAACUCGAAAAUUGUGUGAUUCGAUCGAUUUCAUGAGCGAUAUGCGACGCAUUUAUCUUCCUUUGAACUUCGUUUUCUUGAUGUUUACAAUGAUUUUGUAUUCUUUCAAACCAUACAACUAG